UGUGCUGGUAGUACUAUUGGUCAGGUCCUUUUCUAUUGUCCCUUUCUAGGAGUUGGGCUUUAUAUUGAGUUUAUCAUUUCUUCAAUGCAGCUAACAGAAUUAAAUCAAGAGUGUUUGCUUCAUAUAUUUUCAUUUUUGGACAAAGAGACCAGAAGGAGCACAUCUCUGACCUGUCACAAACUUCGCGACGUGUUCCUGGACCCAACACUGUGGACUUUGCUGAAUUUCUCUUCUCCCUCAGAAUUGGGGAAGAAUAAUUUUCUGCUAAGUCCCGCGUUACGGUCCCUGUCUAUCUGCUGGUAUUCGAGUCGAGUGAAAAUCUGUAACAUAGAAGACUGGAUGAAAAGUAACUUCCAGCGAGACAUCUGCAGCAAGCACGAAAAUCUCAUCAAUAACUUCUUGAAUCAAAUAAGUAACAGGUGUCCAAAUUUGGUGUCGUUGACCCUCUCUGGAUGUGGACAUGUCACAGACUACUAUAUUAUACAAAUCCUGCAAAAAUGCCCUAAACUGAAGGCUUUAAAAUUAGAAAACUGUGCAAGAAUGACUGACAAGGUCUUGGAAGCAGUUACUAUCCACGGAAGAAAUUUGCGAACGCUACAUGUGGAUUUUUGUCGAAAUAUCACGCAGGUCGGACUCCAAACGAUCAGAGAGAAGUGUCGUUCCGUGUUUGUUAGUGCGGAAAGAAGUGCUGGUAUGAUCCCUGAUAAUAAACCAGAUGAAACAGACUGGCUGGGGAGAGGAAUGAAGAAACGACUAUAAAAGCAACAAAAGACUGAUUUGUUUUAAUUUUCAAAUUCUGCGUUUAUUUUAAGCUUCCAUUUGAUUCGGAUAUAAUGACUGCAUGUAUUGUAUGUUAAGUUUGCCAAAAAUAUGCUUUCUACUCUUCUUUACAGACAGCAUGUGUUUUUUUUUAACCCAUGUUUAUUUGGUGACCGUCUGCCCACAAGGCAGACUCUUUCAUUGAGAGACUGAAGUGACAUGAAGCAGUACAAAAUUUGCAGAAAACAAUCCUGCCCAUACAUACAUAUAUAUAAUACAAAUGGUAACAAGGAUUUCAUCCCACCAAAAACACAUUUCUUUCCCAGAACUCAAUUUUCCGCCCAGUUAAAAUAAGGGAAAGAAUUUAACAACAGAUGGAUGAUUGUAGCCAAAGUAUUUAAACCCUGUGGUCUUCCAUAAAAGCUUCAAUCCGAAGAUCAAAGUCAUAUUUCACGUUGUUGAAAAGAUUGGGGGCAGAAUCGCAGUAUUCAGCUUUGAACAAGUAAUGUUGCCUUUUAAUGCUGUCAUUUCUUCUCAAGAAUGUUCUUUGCAAAGUGAUACUUUUCUACAACUGUUCAACUGAAUACCAGUAAACAGCAUGAAUUUAAAUGAGAACAGUAUAUGUUCACUUAUCAAUACCUUUCUGUCCACUAGUUGGUGCUGGUGUAUAAUUCACUACUUUGUUCAUGUCCGUACACAGCACAUCUCCUUCACAAGCAGUUAAUUAUGGUGAUAUAUCUUCAAUAAAACUGAAGGCAAUUUU